CCUCGCCAAAUCGUUCGCGUCCACCAGCCGCAGUAAACUACUUCGCGCGCGCUCCGCCGCACCGAUUUGCACGCACCAAUUCUGCGAGGCGGCUUUUCGAAAUAAGGAUAUCAUUUGAUACAGCGCGGUGCGUUUGAGUGAAUUGCGUCAAACUUUUUACCAGUGCACCAAAUCAAUUCCGAAGCAAAACACUUCAAAAAACACCAGAAUCAGAAAAAAUGCCGGUGUUAAAAACGUUUUGCUGUUGUUCUUCACUGCGCACGGGCAGUAUUGUCGCUGGAAUAGCCGCGAUCAUACUCGCGAUUAUUGGUAUCAUCAUCAUCGCGACAGUUAACGUCGAUCUACGCACAAUCAUCAUCGACGAAUUACCAAAAUGGAUCGUAAAGAUCAUUGUGUUGAUCAAUUUUGCGAUGACGAUCUUAAUAUCAAUACUGUUGUUAAUCGGCAUAUUAAACCGAAAUAUGUGGCUCUUGUUACCAUUUGUCGUGUGUGGUCUUAUGCUGGCCAUAGGUCUCUUGGUAUCAGUUCUGUACACCUCGAUAAACUUCUUUAUUGAUGGUUUUGUUAUUCACGGCUGCAUAUUUUUGAUUCUUGGAUUGAUCACGUUCGUGAUUUACGUCUACAUGUGGCUAGUUACCUACAGUUUCUUCCAAAUCGUGAAAGAAGAAUACGACACACGCGCCGCGUACAAAAAAGCCCCCUACAGAAGGCAAUAUUAAAACUUCUAUCGAAGAUAAACAAAGUCUGAUUUAAUCUUAUUACCAAAAAAUAAUUGUAAUCAACUGCGACUAACAUCCAGUAAUGUAUCGAUUAUUUUCUAUCGAUUUAACGUAAUUUAUUGCAAAGUUGCCAUUGAUGUGCCAUCUACGAGUACUUAUAACACGUUUCUGUUGCUCUCUACUGAAGUCAUUUCUAUCACAUUGAAUCUUUCAGUUGUUCGAUGAGGUUUUACGUACGUGUGUGUUCAGAGCGCAUCGAAGUUGUGAAUGUGUGCAACUUACUUAUUUUUGUAAUUGACUAGUAUCUAUAAACCUACUUGUAUUUGUUACUAAUGUAUCAAUGUUGUUAAUAAAAACUCACAGACUA